AUGCUCUGGAUGUGCCUCUGUGUGAUCGUGUUCCUUCCCAUCAGCACGAGAUGUAGCACAGGGCCUUUCCAUGUUGUUGGACCAGGUCAUGUUCUUCAUGCUGUUGCUGGUGAAGACCUUGUCCUACCCUGCACCCUCAAGCCCAGCAUUAGUGCAGAGGGGAUGACUGUGGAGUGGUUUAGACUGAACUAUCACACAGCGAAACCCCUGGUGCAUCUUUACAAAGACUAUAGGGCUCAAAAUGACAACCAGAUCCAGUCUUACAAGGGAAGGACCUCUCUGUUCCAAGACGACUUAAAGAAUGGCAAUGUCUCACUGAAACUCAGCCAGGUGCAGCUAUCUGAUGAGGGAGACUACAAAUGCUACAUACAAUCUGAAAUAUACGAUGAUGAUAACCUUGUCCGGGUCAUUAUCAGAGGUAUUGGGCAAGCCCCACUGUUGUCUUUAGAAGACAAUGCGGAUGACAGAAUCAAUCUGGUAUGUGAGUCUGGAGCCUGGAAACCCAAGCCAUCCAUUGAUUGGUUGGACCAUGAGGGGCGAAUCCUGAACGCAGAGCCUCCAGAAGAGCUCAGUGAUGCUCAGGGCUUCACAGUGAAACGACAGCUGACCAUACACAAGAACGAUACAAAGCGAUUUGUUUGCAGAGUGUCACAGAUGGAUUCCAGAAUAGACACAAAAGUUACUAAAGAGGCCAUGGUUCAAAUCCCUAGUAAGAAAAAAUAUAAUUUUAUGGUCUCUGCAUAAUAUGUAUUUCCUCAAUAGCUUUAUUUGAUGAUGAUGUAUGAAAUUACCCCGCAUAGACUCCAAGAAACCAAUUGUUAUGCAUGCUGUUAAGUGUAGAGUGUAUAUUUUUAACCUUUUUUUCCAGAAUGCUGCCCAUUCACAAAUGUAGGCUAUGUCUUUUGAGAAGCCAGUCUGGUCCUUGUUUAGACCAGCCAUUGAGACCACGGCGCGCAAGGCAAUGCGGGAUCCAGGCUUGUGCAUACUUCAGAAUUUCUGAAUUGAAUUAAACUCAGGAAGUGGAAUUGAAUGUAAAUUUGAAUUGACUCCACCCCUAGAGGAUGUUGGAUUUAAUUCAAUUUGAAGGGCAGGAAAUGGAAUUGAAACUGAAUUGCAAUUCAGAGAAAUUCAUCCAGCCACCACAUGUCAGUGAGAUUAUGAUACUUUGACAUGUGCUUUCUGCUAAAUAAUCAUGAUUACAUCACAGGGACAAUACAGCACCA